UCUGGCUCCUGAGGGACUAAAGGAGAAAAUUAUUUUUAGCACAACUCUUUGGAAACCUCUGAGAUCUUGGAUCUGCUUUUCUGUCUGGUACCACAGCAAAUUUUUCUCUGCGUUCUCGUGAAAGAUCCUCAGGCUCUCGUGGACCUGAAAUCCUGGAGCAACGCACCGUCUCAAAGCCAGAGCCAAAGAUGUUCGUCUUGCUCUACGUUACAAGCUUUGCCAUUUGUGCAAGCGGGCAGCCCCCACGGGGCAACCAGUUCAAAGGCGAGAGCUACUCCCCGAGGUACAUCUGUAGCAUCCCCGGCUUACCUGGGCCUCCGGGGCCCCCUGGAGCAAAUGGUUCUCCGGGGCCCCACGGUCGGAUCGGACUUCCCGGACGAGAUGGGAGAGAUGGCAGGAAAGGAGAAAAAGGCGAAAAGGGGGCAGCAGGUUUGAGAGGUAAGACCGGACCCCUGGGCCUUACUGGAGAGAAAGGGGACCAAGGAGAGACUGGGAAGAAAGGACCCAUGGGACCCGAGGGAGAGAAAGGAGAAGUGGGUCCAGCGGGAGCCCCUGGACCAAAGGGAGACCGAGGAGAGCACGGGGAGCCGGGACCGCCCGGAGUUUGUAGAUGUGGCAGCAUCGUGCUCAAAUCCGCCUUUUCAGUGGGCAUCACGACGAGCUACCCAGAAGAGCGGCUGCCGAUCAUAUUCAACAAGGUCCUCUUCAACGAGGGGGAGCAUUACAACCCUGCCACAGGGAAGUUCAUCUGCGCUUUCCCAGGCAUCUACUACUUUUCUUAUGAUAUCACGUUGGCCAACAAGCACCUGGCCAUCGGGCUGGUGCACAAUGGGCAGUACCGGAUAAAGACCUUUGACGCCAACACUGGGAACCACGACGUGGCUUCGGGGUCCACGGUCAUCUACCUGCAGCCAGAGGAUGAGGUCUGGCUGGAGAUCUUCUUCACGGACCAGAACGGUCUCUUCUCAGACCCAGGUUGGGCAGACAGUCUGUUCUCUGGAUUUCUCCUCUAUGUGGACACAGACUAUCUAGAUUCCAUCUCAGAGGAUGACGAGCUGUGAUCACCUGACUUGGAUGCUCCAAGAGCCUGUGGCAGCCACUUUUGACUUAUCCUGGGACCCUGGCAGGCAGAACACCCAGACACAAGAUCCAAAGGGACUCCUGUCCAGAUGCCAGAGCAUUAAAGACAGUUCUAGCAGAAUCCACUAAAACAAGAUGAACCACCAAAUGGUUAAAAUCAAGCUGAAAUAAAUCACGUAAAACAAUCACCCUAUAUAUGAAUUCUCUUGAAAGCAAUAUUCAUAAAUAUUUAAACAAAUUAAAGACAAUGUUAACAAAUUUUCUAUUAAAUUCCCUGAGUGUUAAAACCAGCUGGUGAUGAUAUUGGCU